AUGAUGGGGGAUGGACCUUGGCACAGCAUGGGCCUAUUCGCCCUGGUUUGUAGUGUUGGGGAAGCCAGCACCGGAAGGACCAUAGCUGCGCCUCAGUCAGAAGAACUACUACACAUCACAACUGACCUUCAAACAGAGCGAUAUGAAAGACAACCUAGAGCUAUGUACUUCACAAAAACUCCACAGUCACAGCAACCAGAGAACGUGACACAAAAGGAGCUGAAGAUUUCAACUCCUGUCAACGUCACUGCGACCACAGAGACAAUACAAUGGACGCCAGUCAAUGCAACAGAUAAUGUAACGCUCGAAAACGUUGCCAGCAUUAACACAACAAUUACCACAGACAAUGUCACAGAAGCGCAGAAUACGACAUUCACAAAGAGGCGAAAUUUGACGAGACCGGAAUCAGGGAGAGCUGUUUUUAUGAAAGACGAUAUUCCGAUAGAGGGUCUGUCAGAAAGCCGGAUAGUGACUGAAAAGCCUUUAUCCCUAGAAACAGCAUUUGUGCAGACGAAGAUUCCAGCAAAUAUAGAGUCUUCUAGAAGAGUUAUAGACCCAGAGGGAGGUAUGGAUACAGGAGUGAUAGCUGGGAUUUCGUUCGCUGCUCUGGCCUUAGCUGGACUAGCUGGCAGUACGGCAUUUAUUCUGUAUAGAAGAAGAUAUUUAAAUAAACCUCAAACAUUGAAUGACAAAUGUUCUAAUCCUGAUUCCAGUGGAUACUUAGAUGACAGUACUAUAAGAGAUAACUCCGAAGAAAUGUACAGUUUGGACAACGAUUCAUUCUUGAACUCUCUUGAAGCCAUGACCAUCCAGAACUACUGGACAGACACAGUGAAACACACCAAGUUAUAA